AUGCAAAUCUCAACUGUUCUUAUCAAUUUUGCCCUUAUGGCCAGCUCCACUAUGGGUGCUUCUCACAGACUACAGGUACGUGGCCCUGGUGGUGAAGUUGUUGUUUAUUGGGGGCAGAACGCGGCCGCAGCAAGUGAAAACAACGAUCUUUCGAAUUAUUGCACUGCGGGCUCCGGUAUCAAUAUUGUUGUGCUUUCUUUCCUCUACGAGUACGGAAACGGUAUUACAAUCCCUUCAGGUGUUAUUGGCAAUGAUUGCUCUAUUAGUACUUCUGGUGAGGGCACCAACUGUGACGCUCUCGCUAAACAGAUUGCAACUUGCCAAUCAAAUGGUGUCAAGGUUAUCCUUUCGCUUGGUGGUGCUGUUGGUGCCUACUCCCUCACGUCUCAGGCCGAAGCAGAAACAAUCGGCCAAAAUCUCUGGGAUGCCUAUGGAAAGACCUCUGGAGGAAGUGUGCCACGACCAUUCGGAGCUACGUUCGUCAAUGGUUGGGACUUUGAUAUUGAAGCCAAUUGCGGCAAUCAGUACUACCAGUAUAUGAUUGCUAAGCUCCGCUCCAACUUUGUAUCAGAUCCGAGCAAUACUUACUAUAUUACUGGUGCCCCCCAAUGCCCCAUCCCGGAGCCUAAUAUGGGAGAAAUUAUUCGGGCCGCUCAAUUUGAUUAUCUCUGGGUGCAGUUUUAUAACAAUGGAUACUGCUCGUACCCUAACACCCUCAACUACAAGGACUGGGUUUCAUACGUCUCUGGCACUCCUUCUGCUAAUGCUAAAAUCUUCAUCGGUGUCCCUGCCUCUGAGCUUGGCUCCACUGGCACCGAGACCGGGGCCGCCUACUACCAGUGUCCAAGUGCCCUCGCAAGUACCGUGUCAUCCUUCCACGACAGCUCAAAGUGGGGUGGUAUUAUGAUGUGGAACGCUGCUUUCUCUGAUAAAAAUGUGAUUGAUGGGUGCAACUACGCUCAACAGGCACAGAGUAUCUUGACCACUGGCUCUCCUUUGGUCUCCAUGCCGGUGGACUACCUUCACAUGAGAAGGAACGAGGGAAUUGCAUGGGAUGCAGCAUUCGCUGAAGGUCACGCAAAAUAUCACCUGUCGCGGAUCUAUAUUCUAUUUGACAUUCAUCAGUUUCCCCUUAUUAUUGGUCAAAUGCUCUGCUUCUGA